AUAAAUCGAUUUUGUCUCGAUAGUUGGUGUCUCUAUCAUUAUUUAUUUUCAGUUUCGUGUACAUAUUUUGAUGGAUAGGUUUGGAUAACAAGGUUGACGCAAUGUAUUCAAUUAUGAUGGCAAUAAAUUUACGUCGGCAUAAUCCCUUGAUCAGUAAUUUAAUUUUGUGUAAAAGGAAUUUGUCUGGUCAAAGUGACUAUCAGUUUCUACAACAUUCGAAUUUACCUACUUAUUAUUUCCAAAAAUCAUUACCUCGUUUACCAAUUCCAAAAUUAAAGUUAACAACUUCUCGUUUUCUUGCUGCUGUGCAGCCUAUUUUGGAUCAGAAAGAAUAUGAUCGAACCGUUCGAAUUUUAUCAGAUUUUCUAAUUGGUGACGGAGUCGAGUUGCAGGCAUUACUACAAAAAUACGACAAUUUAAAUAGCCAUACAAGCUACAUAUCAGAGCCAUGGUUCGACAUGUAUUUACGUGAUAGAAAUCCAUUACCUCUUAAUUAUAAUCCCUUGCUCAUUAUGAAACACGACACAAAAAAGGCAUACCAAGACCAGUUGCUGCGUGCCACUAAUUUAGUGAUAAGUUCCAUGAGAUUUUGGCGUUCGUUGCAAGCAGACCUAUUAGAGCCUGAAAUUUAUCAUCUGAGUGCUAAGAAAAGCGAUACACAAGGAUUUAAGAAUAUUAUGCGCCUUGUUCCUGAAAGAAUUGCCACAUAUGCGGCUUAUGCUUUCAAAGCUUUCCCUUUGGAUAUGAGUCAAUACAAACAACUUUUUGGAGUAUCUAGAAUACCAGGAAAAGGCAAAGAUUCGUUAGUGCAAAAUGAAAACUCAAAGCAUAUAUUAGUCCUUCGCGCUGGCAAUUUAUAUUCAGUAGAUGUUUUGGACGAGGAGGGAAAUAUAGAAAAUCCAGAUGUAAUUCUUGGGCGUUUACAUACGGUUGUAAAAAAUUCUGAUGCUAACGGUAGUUCCACUGUGCCCAUUGGAACUUUGACUUCUAUUAAUCGGGAUGAAUGGGCUAAUUUGCGCAAAUAUUUAACUGAUAAUAUAGGAGGAGAAAAUAAACGAUUACUUGAAAGAGAAAUUGAUGCUGCUUUAUUUUGCCUUUGUUUAGACUCAAAUAAUUCCCCAAGAUACAGUGAAGAAAAUUUUGUACCACUGCUCAAAGACUUGUUAGCGGGAGACGGCACAAAUCGUUGGUUCGAUAAAUCAGUAUCAUUAAUAGUAACUGCGGAUGGUACGGCCGCUGUAAACUUUGAACACUCCUGGGGCGAUGGAGUCGCCGUACUAAGAUAUUUUAAUGAAAUAUUCGAAGAAACUACAAAUAAUGCUUUUGCAAAGCCUAGUAUAAUAGUUAAUGAUACUGAAAAAAUAAAGUGCGUAAGACUGAUCAAACUAAAAACAGACACAUUUGUAGAAAAUGCUGUACAAAAAGCUAUAUUGAAAAACAAGCAUAUAAUGCAUCAACUGAAUAUAAAUACACUCAAAUAUCCGGAAUUAAAUAAAGAUAUAUGCAAAGCACUUGGUUUGAGCCCUGAUGCAAUAAUGCAACUUUCAUUUCAACUCGCAUAUAAAAGAGCUUUUAAUGAUUAUGUUGGUACUUAUGAAUCGUGCAGUACGGCUGCAUUUCGACACGGUCGCACCGAAACCGUGCGUCCAUGCACCAUGGCGACAAAACGCGUGUGUGAUAACUUGGAGCGAAGUCUUGCAAAGCAGCCACAUUUAAGUGAGUUAUAUGCCUUAAUCAAACAGUGUUCGCUUGUACAUACUGAGCUAACGAAACAGGCUGCAAUGGGACAAGGUUUCGACAGGCAUUUGUUUGCUUUAAGAUAUCAAGCUAAACUCCAUGGAAAAGAAUUGCCUGCUAUAUAUGAAAGUGAGGCGUAUGCUAAAAUCAAUCACAACAUUAUUAGCACUUCAACGCUAUCAUCCGAUGCUUUGUUGGCUGGCUCUUUUGGUCCAGUCGUACGAGAUGGUUUGGGAAUAGCAUAUUCAAUACAAAAUGAUUACUGUGGUGCAAUAGUUUCUUCUUAUGAAAAUGAGCGCAACGGAAAAGAAUUUGUCGAUUGCUUACAAACAGCAUUUCGUGAUAUAUCUAGCAUUUUAAAACAUUUCUUGAAAUAGGCUGCAUAGGGUGCAUUAAAUAAUAUUUCAUUAAUAAUAUGUACAGUUUUAUUAUUUGACCUGCGAUUUCUAUUUGCGUGCUACAAUAAACAAACUCUCUGCGAAAACCACCUCUACGGAAGCGCUGCGCCGCUACACCCACUCAAAUGUCUACAGGAGCUAAGUAGGCAGCAUGACUCCCAGUCUGAGUCAGUUUCAGUUCCCUUACCAACCUUUAACUCGCUCCAAUCACUGUGCGAGAACUAUAAGGUCCCCUGGUCCCGUUUGACCUUAAUACGUAACAACAUCACGUAAGUGAGGUGCAAUUCAUGCUUUUUGUGUUGUAAUUUCCCCACCAAAUAUAAGUGGGGUGUAUUAUUCGCUAUAGCUAUAGCCAGAAAAAUCCAUAGUGUGACAACGUUGACUGCGGUUACCGCAGCAGCAACAACUAUCUCCUGCACACUAUUCCCUCACACUAGAGACUAUAAGUGCUUUACAAGACGAAGAGUGCGUUCGAGCUCCGUAAUAAUUGCAGCAGUACAGCUACUUUGUUGCAUAUUUGGUGAUACUCUGCUAAUGUGCAGACAAAAGUUUAGUGUUGCCGAUUAUUUGCAUAAAUUGCGUGCAAAAAAUGACAGCAGAACGUGAUGCUGUUACAAGUGUUGCCAUAAAUUCACGCAGAUCGUGAUACUAUGACAAAUUUGCUACACUGUUGUCGUGAUUGCCAUCUCGAACGCACCCGAAACGAAAGUUCUACAAUUUAACUACAACGUAUUCCCGAGAAAGAUUGAGGAAAUGGCUGAUCCAAUUAGCCGAAAAGGAAUAUCGAAAGCUACGGUACAAGAAAUUCAAUCAAGCAACCGCUCAGAUCUUCUGAGCAAACGAAGUAUAUAUUGUUAACCCGGAGUUUGGUUAUCAUAUUGUGCUCUUUGAUUUAUAUAUAACAUACCGUAAAUUUGCAAAUAUUACGGAAUAUUGCAUUGCUUUUGCGAUUGGAAAAUUUAAUAUUCAAAAUUUAAUUUAAUCCAUGACAUAUAUUUAGCGGAUGUGGCAUUUUGCAUUCAGAUUGAAGAAACUUGAUCUUAGUUGUCAGAAUCCAGAACCAAUUCUCAUUUUUAUUUGUGUCACAGAAUCUGAUUGGAUUUUCGACUUUUCGAAUGCAAGCAAAACCAAUAUUCGAAUCAAUUGUGCCACUAUUUGUUCAUUGUAUAAAACUAUUUCUUUUAAAUACUCAGUAACAACGAGGGACAGAAUUAUAACAAUAAUAGUUAUUUCAGCAUUUGUGUAUAAGACGAAGAAUAAAAAAAUGGAAAAAUAAAAAAAUUGAUGGUACGAAAUCAUGAUAAUACGCUUGGUGUUCAAGAGAAA